UACAUCCCGCAGCAGAAGAUUAGUGUGUGUCGGUGCCUUGGUGGUGAAAACGUGCCGCGGUGCACAGAGCCUGGCUGCAUUUAUUUCUGGUGCCACGAGAACGGUAGUCACGGACAUGACUUCUGAAAUGCUUUGCUAGACCGUUAAGCUUGCGUGGGGAACUGCUAGCACAGUAAGGUAAAUAACAUUUGGUGGUGGGCGUGAGGGUGUGCGUCGCAGAGAUCAGGCCAUCUGGGUGUGUUAGCAUCUCGGUGGUGUCCAAUGACGUGGUUGUCUGGACCGAGGAACCACCUUCUACAGCGAAAGAAGACGGCGUUACUUUUGUGCAUAUCUGACCCCGCAGAACGUAUAUAUAUGCACAUAUUGUCCACAAGUGAUGUCGAUCCAAAGCUGUGAAGGCGUGAACGUCUUGAGUGCAUGAGCACGUAGUUUGGUGGUCUGACACAAUUAAUGUGACAUCAACAUGGUGCUGGUUGAUCGCACUUUGAGUGAGUCCUCGGAUGACAUAGACAUCCGUCCUCUAGAAUUGGAAGAUCUAAGAAGGAGAUUAGAUGAAAGUGAUGAUGAUUGCCAUUCUCUACCUGAUGGAAGUUCAAACCAGUCCUUCUCUGCGGCAUUUCAAAUUGGGCUAAAGAGGAGGAGGGAGACAACUGUGAACAGGAAUUUUGUGGCCAAGAUGGCUUGGAAGAAUGCAGUCCGGAAGGCUCUGGCACUUGGAGACCCAUGGGAAAAGUUCCACCUCAAUGCAUACAAGACAGAGCGGGCCAGGAGGCACCGCUACAAUGCCAUGCGGCAAACCUGGACACAAGACGAGGUUGUGGUGAAGAUGGAGAAAGAUUCCUUCAACCAUGGUGCCAUGAGGGAGUGUUUCCGUAUGAAGAAGCUCAGCAACUUCUCUAAGGAUGAUUGGGAGCGAGCUCAUAAUUAUGUAGCGAAACGCUACAUGGACCUAAACACUCCCAGGGAGACAUACUUUGAUGAUGUCAGGCUUCAGAUGGAUGCCAAACUGUGGGGAGAAGAGUACAACAGACACAAUCCACCAAAGAAGGUGGAUAUAUUCCAGAUGGCCAUCCUGGAAAUGAUAGACAGAGAGGGGAGUCCUCUUUUCCAUCUUGAGCACUUCAUUGAGGGUCAGUAUGUGAAGUACAACUCAAACUCUGGAUUUGUUCGUUCAGAAGCCAUUCGCAUGACUCCUCAAGCAUUCUCCCACUUCACAUUUGAAAGGUCCGGCCAUGAGUUAAUUGUGGUGGAUAUCCAAGGAGUUGGAGAUUUAUACACAGAUCCUCAGAUUCACACUAGCCAUGGAGAAGAGUAUGGGGAUGGUAACCUGGGAACCCGAGGCAUGGCACUUUUCCUGCACUCCCACCGGUGUAAUUCCAUCUGUGAGAGUCUCAAUCUCACUCCUUUUGACCUUGCACCAUCAGAGAUUGAAAGUAAUAAAACCAUUUCAAGUACAAAGAAUGCAUACCAGACUAUUGUCCGGGGCACUGAGGAGAUUGUGUUGACUCCUUCAGAAGAGGAGAAGGAACACAUCCAAGACUAUAUACGUAUGCGUUCUUUGUCGUCAGGGUACCACUCAGGGGAUGAUCGACCAAGAACCAAACUCACAUCCAUCAGCUCCUUGGAUUCCUUGGAAUGUGAUGACAUGAUUUUGAUGUCUGAAAGUGAAGACUCUCUCGUGGAUUCUGCCAAAAGGGAGAGAAAUCACCACCACCACCUCAGGGACUACCACAAUAGGCUUCGUCUUGACUCAAUGACAGAUUCUGGGACAGAUACAGAGACUCGAGAGAUGGAGAUCAUGCAAUUCAAACAGCUGGUGCAGAGGAAGGCUCGACCCUCUCACGUUCUUGGAGAAAUUGAACACCGUAAACAGCUGGAGUUACUAGAAGAAAACAGAAGCAAAACUGGAGGUUCAGUUCUUGGACAGGUUCAUUUGGAUCUUGCCAAGUAUCAUGAGCUGAAUAGGUUUGUGAAAGAGGGUGAAUCCUUUGAUCAGGAAGCAGCCAUUUAUCACCUAAAUCAGGCAGCCAAGUGUGGUUGCUUGGAAGCCAUCAAAACCAUGGCACAGCUGCACUUGGGCCUUCCACAUGACACACUACCAGGCAUUCAGUUGGAUGAUAACAAAUGUGAGUUGGAGCUUGGAUUUGACUACAUGCAGACAGCAGCUGAAGCCAAGGACCGAGUUGCUAUGAUCUACAUUUCAAAAGCCUAUGAGACAGGCAUAGGAUUACCCAAGUCUAAGUCUAAGAAUUGGGAUAAGGCAGUGUACUGGUUAGAAAAAGUGAUAAAUACCAACACUGAGGAUGAGGAAGGUAACUUUGAUGGCACCAUGGAUGAUCCCCAGUACCAGCUGGUAGCACGCCAGGCGGUCAUGUACCUCUCUGGAGGUUACUGCUUAGAGAAGGAUCCAAAUAAAGCAGGAGAGUUGUAUACCUAUGCUGCAGAAUUAGCAACAGAAGCCAUGAAGGGAAAACUUGCUGCCAAGUACUAUAUGCAAGCUGAAGAGGCUUGGGCAGAGUGUGAGGAGUGAAGCUGUGCAGAGUCCUAAUGGUAUCUGUUGGUGCUAAACAUUUUUGUUACAAAGAGGAAAUAACGAUCUCUCCUUUAUGUGGGUUAUUUGAGAAGGCUUCCAUUGUUGGGCAGUGAUAAUGAUUUUUUUUCUUUUCUUUUAUUUCUUUUCUUUCUUUUUUUUAGGGCAGCAGUGAUAAUGAUUGAGAUGUGAUCAUUAAGAACAUAUAUAUAUGUAGCUGUAUGGUAUGAGUAUGUUUAAAAAAAAAAAAAAAAUUGAGGCCAUAAUAAAGUGCUAAUGGAUUAUAACAAUGAGGAGAGUAUAGUAUUAAGCAGCCAGACAGACACUCAUAUUUACAUUUAAACCACAUUGCUCAUAAAAGUUUUAAGUAAAUUAGAUAUAAACAUAUUAUCCAAAGCUAUUGGAUUCUGCUGAGGAAGAGAGUGUAGUAUGGCUGUGUGGAUAUUGUAUAAAUUAUUAUAUUGUUGAUGUUAAUUGUAUUUUGCCAGCAAAAUUUAAGCAAUCCAUUUUGCAUCUUUCUUUUUUCUCUUUCUUCCUCACUUCAUUUCUUAAUUCAUAAUGUGCUGACCUUUUCAGAUCCAUAUUCCUCAUGUUACUAAUGAGUUAAAUUGUGCUGGAUUUUUUCUCAUAGUCCUAUGGAGUUAAAUAUUUUUAAUUUAAAGAAAAUCUAAAAUAAAUACUGAACACAAAAAUUACUUUUCCCCAGAUGUUACUAUGAAUAUUUUUUGACUUCUGGGAUCUGUUUUCAGUAAAAGAACUAUUAAUAUUCUCAUAUAUGACAGAAGUCUCAAAUUUUAAUUAUUGGAUAGAGCUGUUAAGGAGUCUUGGGAAACCAAUUCUCCAGCAUUACAAAAUUUCAGUUAAUAGGUUUCUUAUGCAUACAUGUAGAAAUUCAUAAGUAGGCAUACAUUAUCAUUGGAUUCAUUAGGGAAUUGCCUAUAAGCUGAACUUAAGAAAAACAUGAGCACAAUUUCACACAUUUUAUACUGCAGGAAAGAAACCCAAAGAAAUAUACCGGUACAGGAUUUCCAGACAUUGUUGGUGCAGAUUUUUGCUAACUUUAGAUGCACACUUUUGGCAUACAAUUGACUGUUAAUGACCUUUCCAAGUUAGGGGUAUUCAAAGGAUUGUAGGUAAGGAGGCAUAUGUGCAGUUUUAUCAUGUAUCAGAAUAUAUACACUUCAAAUAGUCAUAAGUAGAGAGCAAAGUGCCUUCUUCAUCCUUUGUUCAUCCCUCUGGAUGCCCAUGUUUCCAAUGAUGAUUCAGUGUGAUAAAAAUUAUAUCUAAAAAAGAAAAAAAAAAGUGAAAGCAAAGCCCUCCCAUAUUAUUUUGCAGGGUGUGAGGGAGAGAGCAGUGGAGCCAUUUAUUAAAGAUGCAGCAUGGAAACUGUUGCAAAUAGUGUAAAAUAUAGAGUAGCAAAAUUUGUUUAUCGAUAAAUAUUGAGAGGACUAAGAUGGAAGAAAUUAUGAAAAGUGUGUGAGCAAAAAUGAGAGAGAGAGAGAACUAGAUGGAGUGAAAAAACAUUCGUAGGAUAGAAAUAUAGGGUAAAGAUGCAUUGUAUGUAUAGAAGAGGUGCUACACAAGCUUGAACAAGCAAAGAGAAUGUUUGGAUGGAGAGAGGUGGAGGCUUUUGAGGAAUGCUCCUAGAGAUGGUGACUAUUGAAACGGAAAGAGAUGAAGCAAAGCCAGUGGAUAUAGUCACUUUCUAUCACACAAUGCAUAUGGUCAAACUUUUUUUUUUUCCAAGGAAUUUUUAAGUAAUAUAACAUCUUCACUUGAAAAAAAAAAAUUGAGAUUUGAAAUGGAUGUUACAAUUUUGGUUAUUCACCAGAUCUGAAAGAUGUCAUGCAUAAGAUCAGAUGAGCACUGGAGCAACCUUUAAGUGCUGUGUUUUCAGGAAAGACAUCAGGGACAAGGAGGCGUCAGUCAGCAUGUUGUGACACAGUAGAUGUGCCAAUUCAUUUAUUAUGGGAAACUUCCAUUCAUCUGCAACUCACUAGACUUGGAUUCAAUUUAAGUGAAAGUUCCACACUAAGUAGCAUCUUUUUCUCUUACUCAGAUUAUUUGUUGCAUUUUUUUUUUUUUUUUUUUUUUUUUUUUUUUUUUUGUGAAUUUGAGCAUCCAACAAACAUUCACUUGAAAAUAUUUCAAUACAAAUAAGUAUCAUAUACCUAAGAGAAUUAAUGGUGAUUAGUACAGUAAAUGAUAGGGACACACAGAUACAGGCUUCAUUAAUCUAGCAUGUAUAUCCAGUAAAUGCUGCUAUAGUUGUUAAUUCUAAUGUGAAUGUCCAUGAUUUAGAAUUUUAAGGAACAACAUAGGCCCCAUGUGUGAGAUGUAAAAGGGAGGAUAGUGGAGAGAAAAGGGUGCUGUACAAAGAGAUAGAGAAAACAAUUUGAUAUAUUUACAUAAUUUGUGUGGGUAGAUCUUGUUUUGUUUUACAAAAAGUUAUAUGUUUUUUGGUACCUGAUGGAUUCCAUGUAGAACACUUAUCUAUACCACUAAGUGAAUGAGGAAUUAAUGGUCACCUGAUUUGAUGUAUUUACAAGUAUUGUUUUAAAAUUAGAUGCAUAUCCAUUGUUUCCUAAAGAAAUGUAGCUGUGAUAUCAAUUUUUCAUUCAUUUAGCUGUCAAAGGAAUUUGUGCCAAGCACUUCCACAUAAGAGAGAAUUAAGUCUGAUAUAGUAAAUAAGCCUUUUUCCUUCCAUUGAUUCUAGAAAGCAUGACCAAGAAAUUACACAGCAGGCUGUGACCUUAGCCCAGAUGGUGAAGGGUUAUGCCAGAACAAUUUCAGAAAUAUUUGGUGCUCUAUUAGUUUUAUGUUGGCAGUGUGGUCAUCAGUGUAAUUCCACUGAUCAUUUAAUCAAUCAUUACCAACAUUUACUAAGCACCAAUGCCUUUUCAACACUGCCAGAGAAAGAUUAGGGACAGUCAUUUAUAUUUCAGGCUUUGGAAUCAUUAAGGAUUAUGAUUAUGUUGCAGGUAAAGUUGAGUUUUAUCAGGGAAUACCAUGUAUGGUAUACUAAUUUUAUAUGAUAGACUUAUUGAAUUGGGGAUUUGUUAGAGAUGUUUCUUACAAUUUUUUGUCAGAAUUCAGUAUCCUUGUCAUAACCAUAAACUUUAGACCAAAACUGGGAUGCAUGAUUCAUCAAGUGAGGUUUUAGGAAAACAGUGAUGAUCAGAGAAAUGUAAAAGAAUUUUUAAAGUGGUACAUAUUUUAUGAAAGUCCUGCUUUAUGAGUAGAUUGGAUUAAUCCUUCAAUAGUCAUUAUUGUGCCUUAUUGACUUACAUGAGGAACAGUCAACCAUAGCUUUAUUAUGAUUAAUUCCCAAAGAAUGUCUCUGGACAGCUAUGUAGACAUUAAAGUUGUAAACAUGUUUACUUUUGAAAAAUUCAUGGCAGUCAGUUGGGGAGAGGGAAGGGGGAAAAACAUCUAUAUGGUCAAGAAGAUGGAAGAAAACAUAUAGGAGAAAAAUAAAAACAGUAAGCAGACCUAUGGUUAACAAGAGUGUACAUGGGACAGUGUUUGAGCCAGUAUUUUGAGGGAUAUUGUGAAAAAGAUAGUGAAGAGCCUGUUUAACUAGUUGGAACUUUAAAGACUUGUUUCUAAUGCAAUCACCCCUUUUCUACACACAUGAGAUGGCAGCCAAGACAGAAGCAUAAAAUUCAUGCAGCAUGCACAACAAUAUGUUACAGAAUCAUCGCAAUUAUUGUCUUCAUGGACAUGAUUGGUUGAUGGCAUGGCUAUUGGAAAUUAUUUUGUCUUGGCAGUGUAAACUACUAUACAGUAAGGAACUGUAAAUAUUCAGGCAAGUAAAUGUGGCAUUAUCAUCUUUACAAAAGUUGUUUGGUGAUUUCAUUAUAAUCUUGAUUGGCUUGGAUAAAGGGAAGGAAUGGAUUGUAUUCUUUAAUGCAGCAAAGGUCCAAUUACCUAGACUCCUCAAUUCUUGAGAAUACAGAUCCUUCCCUUGUGGAUAUGCAACAUUUACUGUCAAGACGAACCACAAAAUGUCAAAAUAUAUCCAUUAAUCAAAUGUACUCAAAUCUUAAAUUAUUUGUCAAGUGGUGGAAUAUAUAUAUAUAUAUAUAUAUAUAUAUAUAUAUAUAUAUAUAUAUAUAUAUAUAUAUAUAUAUAUAUAUAUAUAUAUAUAUAUAUAUAUAUAUAUAUUAGCAAACUAUAUUACUAAAGUUUGGAACUUAUGUAAACUAAAGCAGACAGACACCAUCACAGGAAUGAAGCAAGAUGGGUUGUGUCUGAUAAGUAUUAUACUGUACUAUGUAGUGGAAGCAUAAACAACUGCAUUAUCACUGUUCCAUCACCUGUGAGUGUUACCUGUUUGAUUAUAAUGUAAAGUGG